AGUGGGACGGAGUGUGUGCAGACACUUAACCCGUACAAAGGACGUUUGGUAGGCAAAGAAUAGUGAGAUACCCUGAAAGCUUGUGGUGGUGGUGUAUUGUUGAAUGCGUUUAGUUGUUAUGCGAUGGUUUCGUUUGAGCUGUAAGAAAGAAAAGCGUUUUAUUUGACAGCAGCUGAUGCUGCUCCUGCAUCUCUGUGGCUGCAGCGCUAGCUAGUGUCAGGAGAUUAGCUGGACGUUCAUAGGAGCUAACACCGACGUCAGGUCAGAAACCAGGAAUCUCUGUGGGACCUUUGGGACAAAACUGCCAGUUUACAAUCAGAGGAGCUCCAAAGUGCAGUCUUUUUCCAGAAAACAAUGAAGGCGGCUCUAACUAAAGGAGACGGUUAGCGGGAGCGGUGUGUUGUAUGCUUUGCUCGCAGCCCACUGCCACGGCACCUCGUUGCAGUCCACGUCGAGUCCCAUCUGCUGUUUAAUAGGCCACGUCUCCGCGGGCGUAGUUCACCGAGAAGAUGCCGAGUGUGCGGAAGGGGACGGAGAGUAAAUACGCGUAGAAAUGUGAAAAGCCUUUAUCAUCUGUGACUGUGUGCGUGUAGCGUUUGUUUCCCACGGAAUGUCACGUACACAGAUGUGUUUAACAUCGGGAUAACACUCUCUGAGCUGCGGUAACGAUCUGUAGUGACGUUAGACUUUCAGUGUGUCCGUGUUUGAAAUGAUUGGGUUUGGUGCAAACCGACGGGGAGGCCGCAUGCCGUCCUUCAUCCUCGUCUUAUCGAUGGUCCUCAUCGGCGUGUUGGCUUUCAACUACUGGACGGUGUCCAACAGGCACGGCCGCCUGCUGGACGAGCUGGCGGAGAUACAGACGCAGGUGAAGCGCUCGGACGCGGCGCGAAGCCGCCUGGAGAAGCGCAACUCGGAGCUGAUAGUGCAGGUGGACACGCACAAGAAACAGAUCGACCAGAAGGAUGGAGACUACAGCGUGCUGGAGGGCAAGCUCCAGGCCAGAGAGGGGGCCAUCAAAAAGUGUUCCGAUGAGAAGAUGAAGUUACAAAGUGACGUCACAGCCCAACUCGCUGAGGCACAGAGACUUAGAGAGCAGCUGACGGAGCUGAAGCAAGAGUUCAUGAAGCAAGAAGAGCAGCUGAGAGAAGUGAAGAGAAAUGGCACUAAUCUGGAGAGAAAAUUGGAGUAUGAGAGUUUACAGUGCGGCCGUCAGAUUGCACAGCUUAAAGGAGAGUAUGAAGAAACAAAAAAAGCCCUGGAGAAAGAAGUGUCAAGGCUGAGACUGGCUGUGAAAGGCAGCCAUAACAAGGCGGGGGCAAGAAAGCAAGCAGAUGAAGCAGCUGGUGUGGAAGUGGCUGGAGAGCAUCACACAGUGGUCACUCACCGGCAUGACAGACAGUCAGAUUUAAAAGAAGAAAUGGGCAAACCUGGCAGUGAUGCUGGCAUGCCUGGAAUUGAAGACAGUGAGGUGGGAAAAAUGGACGAAGUGCAAUUUGCCUUGAAGAAGCCCGCCAUCACUCAGAAGCACAACGAGGCACCUGAUGUCGGAGCAGCAGCUGGUGCUGAUCCUGGACUGGAAGCAGCUGACAGUCCAGGGCAAGACCUGUUGCUGGACCAGCCCAGACUCCAGCAGGACCGGCUGGAGGUCAGAGCAGCGGGGCUCGCAUCCCCAGUCAUCAUCAAACAAGGAGACAAGCCAAUAGUAUUUGAAGAAGAUAACAAAGCAGAUAUCAAGGCAGACGAGCUGGGAGAACAGCAGAGACAAAUUCAAGUUGAUGAAAAACAUUUGAAGAGGAUUCCUCUGCCUCACGAUAACGCCCAGGUGCCCAAGCCCAUCCAGCCGCAAAUCCCUGCAGAGCAACUGCACCACCGCCAAAGCCGGUUCUUUGAUGAGAACGAGUCCCCAGUAGAUCCGCAACACGGCUCUAAGCUGGCGGACUACAAUGGGGACGAUGGGAACGUGGGUGAGUAUGAGGCCGACAAGCAGGCCGAGCUGGCCUACAAUGAGGAAGAGGAUGGUGAUGGUGGGGAGGAAGACGUUCAAGAUGAUGACGAUCGGGACAUUCAGGACAGAGACAGAGCUGUGGAUUAUGGGAAAAGACAUCAAAACAAUGACAUUUUGUGAAUGGAAGCUCACUCAGCUAUAGCCUAUUAAGAACUGUCCUCUGCCAUCGAGGUUGUCUCCUGAAAAAUUAGUUGGAGCAUCACUUUGUCCAAGCACUUACAGGGGGCUUUUUCAGUGACUAUUCUGGCAAACAGACAUUCAAACUAAUUCUGAAUAAUAUUUGUAGAAAUUAAACAGCAUUCUCCUGAGCUGCUAUAGAAUUGCUAAUGUAUUUUAAGUUAUGACAGUAGGGAUGAUGUACUGUUCGUCACUGCAUUUUGGUACUGGAUAACUUCUUCAGCUCUUCAUGGACUGGUCUCACAGAUUCCUCUCCGAACUUUUGGAACAAGUCGCCUUUUCUUUAGUUGCUUUUUCUUUUCCUUUUGCCUCAUAUAUAAAAAAAUCGCUUUCUGAGAUAUUUAUCAAACAAACUAAUCGGGGCUCUCUAAGAUGAAAUGCCUACAAAGAAGACUUAUUUUUUUCUUUUUUACUGGAGGGGAAGAUUCACUUGCCAAGGACUUUGUUUACGGCCUAACAAACCUCUUUGUUUUUGUGACAGAGACCCAGAAGUGCUCCUCGUUCUGUUUUUAAAUGCCACUGCAUGUGUCAGAAGGUUUUCUAUCCUCACACCUACUGCUUAAGCAAUACUUAGGAUGGCGUUAGGAACAAACAGACGUUACACAUGCUUCCACCAAUGAGGUCUCUUGAACUUUGAUGUAGUUGAAUUGUUAAUAUUUGUACCGAGGAAAUAUAAUUUCUCACCUUUUGGGGAAAUCUGUAAAAAAACAAAACAAAAAACAACAAAAUCAGUUGUUUGUGCAAACUGAAAAAAAGAUUUUUCACUGAAGGGCGCAUCGAAUGUAAUGUAAUUUUAUUAAAGCUGAUACUUCA